AUGUUUAGACAACAUUCAUUUCUAAGAGAAAAGUAUCAACAGAAAUUACAACUUUACGAUCAUCAAAUAAAACUACAAAAACAACAAGACCUACCUUACGAACAACAAAUACAAAGAGAACGACAUCAAAGACUACAACUAAAAGAAAAUCAAAUACUACAAGAACAACAACUAAAUAUGGAACAAGAACAAGUAAGACAACAACAACUACAUUAUCAAAGACUACAACAAUUUGAACUAUUUCAUCAAAUAGAACAUCAACAUAUACAAGAAUUACAACAAAAACAGCAACAAAUACAACAACAACAACUACAACAACCAAAACGGUAUUUUUGUAGAUUCUUUUAG